AUGGCAAGUCUGUCUGAGAAGUUCAAACAAAUGGGAAUGGAAAAUCUUGAAAGACAGAGGAUGAUGGCAGCUUAUGAUAUUCCUCCUAAACUCAUCCGGGAAGUUUUUAGACAGAACUCUGCCCCAAACAACAAUACCAGGAAACCAAACACCAAUCGUUACUCUGUCUCUUGCUCUGAGUUAAAAUCUGGCAACAGUGAUCUGUCUCGCUUGUUAUCUGAUAAUCUGUCUCAAUCAUUUAAUAAUCAUAUUUAUACCAAUACACCAUCAUCACCAAACAGAAAUUUCUCCUCAGAUGCUAGUCCAGGCAAUUUCAACCAUAAUUAUCAGAAAAAUAAACCUUUGACCAUCAAUCCAUUAUGCAUUAUUGAAGAUGAAGCAAGGACUGCUUUUGAUCGAUCCAAAAGGAUGGAAGCAAUGCAAAAACUCCAGAAGCAAGAAAAUGACCUCCAUAAAGAAAUUUCACUUUUGGAUGAGAUUCUUUUAGUCUGUAAGAAAGAUGAUCCUGCUGCUCAGAUGGCUCGAGAAAAAUUCAGUUUCUCUGAAAAAGCUUCUAGUCUCCCCAACAAAUCCAAAAAAGAAACUGAUACUUCAUCAAAAUCUGUUCACUCUUCCACUGAAAGUUCUCAUAAAGCGUCCUCAAGUCAUACAGACUUAACCAAGGUGAAGAAGAGAACUAAAAUUUCUGCUCCUUUACCCUAUGUUAAUCUGUCAGAGUUUGAUGUUGGUGAAGAUAAUGGACAUGUUCAUCUUAGUAAAGAAGGUUUAGUUACCGGAGCUAGUACCAGAAGUCUUAACAAAUCUCCAGUACCCAGUACAGGAAGUCCAGCAAAAAGAUCCAAUGAGUCCUUAAAUUCAUCUCGGUCUUCUGAUUACCACAAUCAACUUACUCCAGCAUGGAUCAGGGAACCAAUUUAUGCUAAUGAACCUCCUCCAAGACCAGAAACACCCCCGCCAGAACUUCCACCCAAAGGACCAGCGUUGUUGCGGAAAAAUAGACUUAGUCGAAACUCAACAUCAUUUUCAGCAAGUACACCACCACCUAUACCGCCCAGUAGAAAUCGCAGCAGAUCUCUAGGAUCACAAGGCAAAAAUGGUAUCAACAGUACUAAGAAUCAGUCAUAUGACCAAGUUGUACCCGUGCCUGUACCAGUACCAUCCAAACCAGUAGUGGAAGAUACUUAUUUAAUGAUGGGAGAUUUCCCUUGUGAACCAAGAGAAAGAAAGAAGUCAAUAACAUACAAUGAUUCCCAGGAUCAGCGCAGAUUGUCUAAAGGCAAUGCAGAUGUAAUGAGCUGCUACAUGGAUAUGGCAGCUAUGUUCCAAAAAGAAUCAUCAUCAUAUGUAAAUAAGGAAAUUAGGAACAGAAGUCCCAUCUAUGAUACAAUUGAUUGCCCCACAGAACAAGCUCCAGCACCGCCCAUUAGAGAAAGCAAUUAUAUGGUUAUGGAGGCCAAAAACAUUCGUAAGAGAUCAGUUUCAGAAGAAAAACCAGUCAAUACUCCAUCAGCGUCAGUGGAAACUGGAAGUCCAAUAAUCACAAAAAGGAACUCAGUCAUACAGAAAUUGCAAACUCUACAGACUUAUGUGAGUACUACAAAGGCUGGAGAAGCUAAAGGCUCCCAAGUUACUCCAAAACCAGUUAUGCCUUUUCAGAAUCUUAUAGACUUCCAGCCACAAUACAAGAAACCUGCUGGAGUUUAUGUUAGCCAUAUUUCAAAUCAACCCACAGCUCAAGAUGAAGCUACUGCAUCUCCAGAACCAACUACUAAGGAAGGUUUUUUAGCACGUUUUAAGAGAAGAAACUCCAAAGAUCAGAAGGCAACUCAAAGUACUGAAAAUUUGAUGUUUAAUAUCAAAACAUCUAGAUCUAAUAUCUUAGAGAAAAGUCAUUCUGAAGAUUGUGAAUCCAUCAAAUCAUCAACUUCAAGCAGUCCAGUGAAGAUCAUUCGGCAGAGAUCAUCUAGUUUUCCAAACAGAAGAAGUUUCCAAGAGGAGGAGAUAGAAACCGACAAGUUGGUCAAUGAAUCCUUAAGAGCAGAUUCUUUAAAUGAUGAGGUCUUUACUCAAUCAGAGAAAUCUAAGGAACCUUUAGAAACAUUUCAAAGCAAAUCUUCUAUUAAGCUGAACAGUUCCAAUAAAACAGAAAUCCAAGAAGAUGUUAACAAAGAGAUGAGAGUGUUAACAGUUCUCCAUGUGCAGCAAGAUCCUCCAACCAAGAACCUUUACUCCCAUUUUGAUUCUUCCCAAACAGAUGAUGAAAAAAUGAUAGCUUUGUUGGAUGACACAAGUCUAAAGAAACCAACCUACACUUUUAUGUCAGAAUUAAAAUCCAAGCUCACGUUGUCUUUGUCCAAAAUUGGGUAUGAAGGUGUAUAUCCCGAAGAGGUUGCUCCACCCUUACCACCUUUUCUACCUCCCAAAAAUUAUAAACUGUACCCCACUUUGUCACCAGUGGUAGAAACAACACCUUCUUCAACACCACAUUCAAAUGAACAGGAAUCCAUUUAUGUAAUGAUGAAAGAGCCUAAGAACAAGCGGACAUCCACAGCACCACCUCAACAAGGGACCAAAGCAGUUGAUGUGGACUCUGAUAGUGAUCCCAGUGAUAUUUCUAGAGAUAGUCUCACAGAUGAUAUCAGUUUAACAGUUUAUCAAAGAGCUCUUCUUCAAUGUAAUCAUUUGUUAGUGUCCGUGGAAGACAUUAGAUCACGCUUAGAACAAGAUGAUGAUAUAGUGUCGUUAUCAUCUAAUGAAUAUCUAGAUACAAACAAUUAUUCUGACUCUAUGAUAGAGAGUAGCCCUGCAAAAACUGUCUUACGGCCACGUUUUGGAUAUGAAUAUGCUAUUAUUGAAAGGCGUACUGCAUCAAGUGAAUCUUCAAACUCACCUACUAGUCCCUCUACCAAUUCCGUGUUUACUUUUGAUAUCCAUGAACCUGGUGCUUCCAAUGUGGAAGGAACUGGUACUAUACGUUCCCCGAUCACUAAUAAAUCCAAAAGCAGUAAAAGUGAUGAUUCAGUCCCCACAUCUCCGUGGAUUCCCUUACCAAAUAAGUGCCUUAAGAAACAACUCAGCACUGCCAGACUUCGUGAUAGGACUAGAAAUGAUAGCGUAUCUAAUAGUGAUAGUGCCCCUGCCAAAGAGCGUCACAGUAGUGUAUCCUCAACACAACGUAGUGAUAGCAUAUCGCGGAGAAGUAGUGUUUCUCGGAGACGUUCAGAAAGUUCAUCUAGAACUAGCAGACGUCGAACUAGUAGUGUACGAUCAAAAUACGGUACUGAUACUUCUAAACCUUUAUUAAAACGAUCAGAAAGUUAUCAUCAAGAAAGUGAUAGUGAUUCUGAAAGUGUCAAUAUUUCCCUCCAUGGUAUCUCUGAAAGUGUCUCGUAUCGUAAAGACAUCACAUCCAGUUCUGCCUUGCGUUUGAUGGAAGGAACGGGGAAAAAAAGUGAUGUAUACUUGCAUUUAUGGGAUACGAAAGCUGGAAAGUCAACAUCGCCUAAAGCCUCGGUUAGUUCUGAAUCACCUCCUAUUUCUCCUAAACACGCCUUUUUACAACCUUUGACCCCUAUCAGUGAUGAUCAGGAGGAAUUGAACUAUCUGGUGAUGGAUCUAGGUCCUCCUUCAAAUUCUCUGACUAAACCAAAGAAAUCAGUGCCAAAAUCAUCUGAAGAUACUAUAGAAUAUUCAAGUAUAGACAUGGUGGCCACUGUUGCCUUAAAGGAAGCGGGUAAGGAACAUGCUCAAGAUCGAUGUGACAGUUUACGGAGGACUAGAAGUGUACUUUACAAAACACCGUUAUCUCAUCAUACCAGUUUGAAAGAGCGGAAAGGAUCUUUUACUUUUGGUAGAGACAGAAAACACAGUGCAAGUAGUGCUGUGGAAUCAUAG